AUGACUCAUCUCCAGCCACCACUUAUGCCAGGAAUGCAUUCCCUUCCUGAGCACAGCGCUGCAGAUGAGCAAGGCAGUGGGUCAUUCAACAUGCUUCCUGGUAUGGUUGAAGAAGCACAUGAAAGUUUGCUGGAAAAAGACUGCAAACUUGAAGCUCAAGAGCAAGAAAUAAACUAUCUUUUGAAUACUAUUGAUGAUAUUUCAUCUGAAAUGGACAAAUGUAAGGAUGGUGUAAAACAAAACAAGAAGAACCUCAUUGCAACCUGCGAGCCAGUGACACUGGUGGCUUUUAAAUGUAAUAUGUUUAGCCUAAAUUCAGUAGAUUUUUACAGAGAAAAUUAUACACCUUUCCUUGUAAAUCAGGAUAUUCAGCAGUGCCUGGAGAAAACGGAAGAUCAGCUUGAAGCCCAGGAAGAAGAGAUAAGCCGUCUGAUACAGAAAAUAGAAGAACUCUCAGCUGAAGUAGAAAAUUUGAAGGAUGCUAACCAAACUCUUGAGGCCAAAGAGAAAGAACUAAGAAGUCUGCAAGAGGCACUUGAAAUGCUGUCGACUGAACGUGAUAGGUAUAAGGAAAUUGCUGAACAAGCCCAGAGGACAGCAGAUUCAAUGCAGGCAGACGAAAUGGGUGUGAAUGCUGAACUUAUAGCUUUACAACAACAAAUUCUUUCUCUUACAGAAGCACUGGCAAAACAAAAAGAAGAAUCAGAAAAGUUACAGUCAGAAUUAAGUAAACUUAAAAGUACCAUGUCAAUUGUAGAAAUUACACAGAAGGAAGAAUCUCAUAAGUCUGUAUCAGCAAUAUCCCUAUCAAGUCUUACAAGUUCAGAUAUGAGAGAUAUGCUAGUACAGGCACGCAGUGCAUUAUCAGUUGUAAUGAUGGAACUGGAAGAUUCAGCAAAAAAUAUGGAAAUUUUAGCACAAAAGAACAAAAUCCUAAUGGCAGAAAAUGAGCAACUUAAACAAGAGCUUGAAACUCUUCAAGGAGGAUUCAGGUUAACAUUAACAGGCAUUGAAGUCGAACAGGACAGAUCAGGAAAAGAAGAACUGUUACCUAAAAAGGAAGAAAAGAGAAUGAAGGAUGUACAGGAUUAUUCAUCUGAUCAAGACUCACUAAAACAAAAGGGAGCUGAAGACUUGGAUCUCUUGCACCAUCAGCUAAAAGCUUGUAAAAUGGAAAAUGAGCAGCUAUUGAGCUUAAUCUCUAAGCAAAAUGCUGAAAUUAUAGACCAGAGAAACACAUUGUCACAAUUAAGUGAAUUAAGAGUUCUUGAACUAGAAGGUAAGUCUCUGGAAUCUGUGAAGGAAGAGGCACUUUUACUGCAAAAUCAAUUGCAAGCUGAAAGGCUAAGAUUCCAGAGCAUGAGAGACUUUCUUCACAGGCUGCAAAUAAAUACUGAAAAUGUUGUGAAAGAAGCAGCACAGGCAGCAGUUAGUGAUGAUAGGCUUAAAAGAAUGGGAGAAGUUCAUUUGUUAGAAAAUCAGUAUAAAGCACAGAAGAUGGAAAGUGAAAAGUUAUGGAGGCUUAUUGCUAGCUUCAAAUCUGAUAUUGAAACAUUGAGGACUGUAUUGCCAGAUAACAUUAUUGAAGUAUCAACCACAAUUUGUGAACAUGGUAGUACUUCAGAGGAAAUGCAAAAUUUGUGCAAUGAACUGAUUGCAGCUAAAGAAGAAAAUAGGAGACUUCAAGACAUUGUGGAUAAUCUCAGAAGAGGCAUUGACACAAUGCAGCAUAAACUAAUAGAAAUAAAUAUUGAAAAUGAUCAUAUUCUGAUGCAGAAUCAGAGGAGUUCAUCCAUUCUCUCUUCUGGAAGGCAUGAAAAUGGACAGCUAAAAGUUGAAGUGGAUGACUUGACGUCUAGAUUGACAAAAUUUGUGACAGUUUAUCCAGAACAAAGCAAGCUAUCUGCUGACACAGAUAGUAUUAAGGAACUGACUAAAGAAGUCAGAUGCCUCCAUGAGAAAUUAAUAGUAAAUAUAACAAACUGCACUGUUGAAACCAUCAAGGAAGAAAAUUUAAGAUUAGAGAAACUUCUAAAGCAAAGAGAGUCAGAAAUUGCAGCACUUAGGGAACAAACGUCUGAAGAGGAUAAGAAAUGCACAUUAUGCACAUGUUGUGCUGCUAAUGAUAAAAUAUUGAAGAAAUUAGAUGAACUAGAAGCUCAUUUAAUGCCUUUGAUGUCAGAUAUAUACAAUCUGAGACAGAAAACAUCUGCAAAAGGACCGCCCACUCAUUUGGAAAUCCCUAUAGAGGUAAUUAGUGCAUCCAGAAAGAUAGAUGUAGUUCAAAGUAUUGACUCUUCAGAUGAUGAAUCAGGUACAAAGAAACUUUUAAGUCAUCUGGCAGCUGAAAAUGAAUUACUAAAGAAACACCUUGAAAGAAGGACUACAUAUACCCCUGAAAUAAUGCAUCAGCUGCAAGAAGAAAAAGAGUUACUCGAAAAACAACUUAAAUCUACAACGCAAAUUAGGGAAAGUAUCGCCAAGAAAUCAAUCAGAUUUGCAGAGAAACCUGUGGACAUAAUUGAAAUACCACAGCAACAAAGUGUUGAUAUACCACAUAUUGCUGAAGUAGCUCAAAAGAGUUUUGGAACGUCCAUUGCAGAAGAUGAAGAGGAAAAGAUGAUUAAUGAACUGACAAAUGUAAUUGAAUUGUUGAAAAAGCAACUUAAUGAUGCAAAUAAAACAAUGAGUCAGCUACAAGAAGAAAAUGAAUUACUCAAAAAUCAGCCUGCUACUGCAGAAGUAGACAAUGAAAGGAUUUUUAAUGAAUUGAGAAAUCACACUGAAUCAUUGCAAAAGCAGCUUAGUGAUGCAACUGAAACAAUGGUUCAGCUACGAGAAGAGAAUGAAUUACUCAAAAAACGACGAAAAACAACCCGAAUAAUGGAAAGUGUUCCAGUAGAAAUAAUCAAAUAUGUAGAGAAACCUGUUGAAGUAAUUAAAGCAUCACAGCAACCAUCUAUUGAUAUAGCACAUAUUGUCGAAGUAGCUCAAAAGAGUGUUGGAACAUCCAUUGCAGAAGAUGAAGAGGAAAGGAUGAUUAAUGAACUGACAAAUGUAAUUGAAUUGUUGAAAAAGCAGCUUAAUGAUGCAAAUAAAACAAUGAGUCAGCUACAAGAAGAAAAUGAAUUACUCAAAAAUCAGCCUGCUACUGCAGAAGUAGACAAUGAAAGGAUUUUUAAUGAAUUGAGAAAUCACACUGAAUCAUUGCAAAAGCAGCUUAGUGAUGCAACUGAAACAAUGGUUCAGCUACGAGAAGAGAAUGAAUUACUCAAAAAACGACGAAAAACAACCCGAAUAAUGGAAAGUGUUCCAGUAGAAAUAAUCAAAUAUGUAGAGAAACCUGUUGAAGUAAUUAAAGCAUCACAGCAACCAUCUAUUGAUAUAGCACAUAUUGUCGAAGUAGCUCAAAAGAGUGUUGGAACAUCCAUUGCAGAAGAUGAAGAGGAAAGGAUGAUUAAUGAACUGACAAAUGUAAUUGAAUUGUUGAAAAAGCAGCUUAAUGAUGCAAAUAAAACAAUGAGUCAGCUACAAGAAGAAAAUGAAUUACUCAAAAAUCAGCCUGCUACUGCAGAAGUAGACAAUGAAAGGAUUUUGAAUGAAUUGAGAAAUCACACUGAAUCAUUGCAAAAGCAGCUUAGUGAUGCAACUGAAACAAUGGUUCAGCUACGAGAAGAGAAUGAAUUACUCAAAAAACGACGAAAAACAACCAGAAUAAUGGAAGUAGCUCAAAAAAGUGUUGGAACAUCCAUUGCAGAAGGUGAUGAUGAAAGGAUCAUUAAUGAACUGACAAAUGUAAUUGAAUUGUUGAAAAAUGAACUUAGUGAUGCAACUAAAACAAUGAGUCAGCUACAAGAAGAAAAUGAAUUACUCAAAAAUCAGCCUGCUAUUGCAGAAGUGGACAAUGAAAGGAUUUUGAAUGAAGUGAGAACUCGCACUGACUCAUUGCAAAAGCAGCUUAGUGAUGCAACUGAAACAAUGGUUCAUCUACGAGAAGAGAAUGAAUUACUCAAAAAACAACGAAAAACAACCCAAAUAAUGGAAGUAGCUCAAAAGAGUGUUGGAACAACCAUUGCAGAAGGUGAUGAUGAAAGAAUCAUUAAUGAACUGACAAAUGUAAUUGAAUUGUUGAAGAAUGAGCUUAGUGAUGCAACUAAAACAAUGAGUCAACUACAAGAAGAAAAUGAAUUACUCAAAAAUCAGCCUGCUAUUGCAGAAGUGGACAAUGAAAGGAUUUUGAAUGAAUUGAGAACUCGCACUGACUCAUUGCAAAAGCAGCUUAGUGAUGCAACUGAAACAAUGGUUCAUCUACGAGAAGAGAAUGAAUUACUCAAAAAACGACGAAAAACAACCCGAAUAAUGGAAGUAGCUCAAAAGAGUGUUGGAACAUCCAUUGCAGAAGGUGAUGAUGAUCGAAUCAUUAAUGAACUGACAAAUGUAAUUGAAUUGUUGAAAAAUGAGCUUAGUGAUGCAACUAAAACAAUGAGUCAGCUACAAGAAGAAAAUGAAUUACUCAAAAAUCAGCCUGCUAUUGCAGAAGUGGACAAUGAAAGGAUUUUGAAGGAAUUGAGAACUCGCACUGAAUCAUUGCAAAAGCAGCUUAGUGAUGCAACUGAAACAAUGGUUCAGCUACGAGAAGAGAAUGAAUUACUCAAAAAACGACGAAAAACAACCAGAAUAAUGGAAAGUGUUCCAGUAGAAAUAAUCAAAUACGUAGAGAAACCUGUUGAAGUAAUUAAAGCACCACAGCAACAAACUGUUGAUAUAGCACAUAUUGCUGAAGUAGCUCAAAAGAGUGUUGGAACAUCCAUUGCAGAAGGUGAUGAUGAAAAGAUCAUUAAUGAACUGACAAAUGUAAUUGAAGUGCUGAAAAAUGAGCUUAGUGAUGCAACUAAAACAAUAAGUCAGUUACAAGAAGAAAAUGAAUUACUCAAAAAUCAACCUGCUAUUGCAGAAGUGGACAAUGAAAGGAUUUUAAAGGAAUUGAGAACUCGCACUGAAUCAUUGCAAAAGCAGCUUAGUGAUGCAACUGAAACAAUGGUUCAGCUACAAGAAGAGAAUGAAUUACUCAAAAAACAACAAAAAACAACCAGAAUAAUGGAAAGUGUUCCAGUAGAAACAAUCAAAUAUGUAGAGAAACCUGUGGAAGUAAUUAAAGCACCACAGCAACAAAGUCUGGAAAUACCACAUGUUGCUGAAGUAGCACCAGACGUAGACACUGGACGGAUCUUUAAUGAACAGAGAAAUCAGAUUGAGUCAUUGGAAAUGCAGCUUAGUGAUGCAAUUGAAAGAAUGAGUCAUCUACAAGAAGAGAAUGAAUUACUCAAAAAACAAUUAGAUAUAACACAAAUUAAGGAAAGUGUUCCUAAAGAAAUCAUCAAAUAUGUAGAGAAACCUGUGGAAGUAAUUAAAGCACCGCAGCAACAAAAUGUUGAAAUACAAGGUAUUUCUAAAGUGGAACAACUGACUGGUGGAACAUCUACUGCAGAAGCAGAAAAUGAAAGCACUCUUGAUGAACUGAGAAGUCAAAUUGAGUCAUUGCAAAAGCAGCUUAGUGAUGCAAAUAACAUGAUUAAAAGUCUUGAAAGUACCCUUAAUGAACUGAGAAAUGAAAAUGAAUCAUUGAAAAAUGAGUUAAGUAGUUCAAAUGCCAAGGUACUACAGCUUGAGGAUAUAAUUAGGAAGCUUACAGAUGGAAAUGAUGCUCUUAAAUCAAUGCAAAUUAAAGAUGAAAUAUCAACAUCAGUAAAACAAAUUCAUGCUGACAAAAUCAUGGAGACUGUUCCACAGGUAUUGGCAGCUCCAGAAUCAUCCUCUGUAGAGCCUGAAAGUGGAAUGGUCAUCAGACAGCUCAAAACAGAGAAUGAGUCAUUGAGGAAAGAUCUUGAGGAUGCAAGAAAGGCCUUACAUACGACAAGUGAUGAUGAAAGUGAAUAUGAGAAAACUAUUACUGAGCUCAGAACUGAAAAUGAGCGACUACUAAAAGAAAUCGAAGAGGCAAGAGUGAAGCGUCAAAGAGAUCCAGAUAGCACAAAAAUUAUUAAUCAGAUGAAUCAAGAAAAUGAAAUGUUGAGAAAACAGGUUGAAGAUCUAAAAACGGCUCACGCUAGACGAUCUACUGUAGGCACUAUUAGUGAUAAAGCAUAUGAACAAUUAAUGAAAGAUAAUGAAGCAUUGAGACAAAGGCUUGAAAAUGCAAGAGCGAGCAUAGGCCUGCAGCCCACAAGUGUAACACAUGAAGCAGAUGUUGUUCAACUAAGAAUAGACAAUGAAACAUUGAGAAAACAGCUUGAAGAUGCACGAAAAUUGGCACAGAGUAGUCAAGAACAAGUAUUGUCUGCUGAAACUGAUGACACACAAAUUAUCGAUCAGUUAAGGGAAGAGAAUGAAUUUUUGAAGAGGAGGCUUGAGUCCUUAACUGAUAUUACAAGCAGCAGUGCAAAAGAAGUUGUGAAGUACGUGGAAAAACCUGUGGAAAUAAUUAAAACAGACAUAGAUAGUGAAAAAAUUAUUAAUGAACUAAGAAAUCAGAAUGAGUCACUACAGAAUGAACUUAAAGAUGCAAAUACCAUUAGAAGGGAACUUGAAGAGGAAGUCAGGAAGUUCAAAGAUGGAAAACAGACACCAUUACUCCAAGCAGAGCAAAUUGCAUCAUUUGAUGAAAAAAGCAGAGAGAAAGAGAUGAGUCAGCUUAUGGAAGAUAACAAGUUAUUGAACAAACAACUUCUUGAUGCAACAAGUACAAUUGAAGAACUUACAGUGAAUGUCACUAAUCUCAAAGAUGAAAUCCAGAGACUUCAAUCUAGAAAAAUAUCUGAUCUGCCAUCGAUAGUAGAGGACCAUACCCAAGAAUUUCAGAAACUGGAGGCUGAACUACAAGCUCUCAGAGAUGAAAACAGACGUCUGCAUAGAGACAAUGAAAAGCUUUCAUUAGAAGUAGAGACUCUGACAGAAGAGCAAAUCCCAUCUACAGUUGCACUGUGGAAAACUGAAGAGAAACAACUGGAAACAGUUGUAGAUGAUCAAAAGCGGCGCAUUACUACUCUACUUUCAAAAAUGGGCAAGAAAGAACAUCCAGGAGAGGUCGCUGCCUGGACACGUGAGAGGGAACAUCUCCUAGAUACAAUUAGGCAGCUGACAAAAGAAGCAAAAGAAGCAAAAGAGGCAUAUGAAGAGAAAGAAGAAAUGGAAGAUAGAUUUUGGGACGUGAACCUUAGGGCAGAAAUGGCUGGUGGGCGGAGGGAUGUGGAAGUUGAUGAAGUGGCAUAUGACAUGGUCCACGAAGGAAGGAAUGCUGCUCAGGGACACCAUUUGUCAUGGUAUCCCCACAGUCCCUCACUAGAGUGCAGAGCACUGGAGGGUGUGCUGAGAGUUUAUCUCAUUGAGCAGCAAGCACUGCUGGUACUUGACAAUGACUGUCUCCUGAAUACAGAGUACAGAUGGUACGGCAUGAACUUUAUGGGUCUGGCCAUAGGAUCAGCAUCCAGAGUGUCACCUCCAGCAUCAAAGUGUGGUCCACCAGGGUGUGUAGUUGAUGCCACAAUUGAGAGGGACACCACCCUUCAAGUUGUUUAUCAGUGA